CCGAUCCGAGUGGACCGUUUUCUGACUUUAGUCUCCGGUUCUCGGUCGCGACAGCCAUCGUUUCGAACGGUCGAAGAAUCACUGUGACGUCAUUUUAAUGCGGAGGUCUGCUUGCCUGACACCGAAAAAGGAAGGGCGAACCAAAGAAAAAAAAAUUAAAAACGAAUUUCGGUCAGUUCAGUGCGAGAGUGUAAUGAAAAGAUAAGUGAGAUGAGUACUGGAAAAAUCAUCGAAAAUUACAAAAUAAUGAGAGAAUUAGUCAAAAUGUUCGCUGAUGGAAAUCGAUCUGGCUGAAGCAAAGAGAUCAAUUGAAUGUUAUGAAAGAGAGAGAAAAAAAAUUGUUAAUGUGAUAUAACCAAGUGGAACAACACAGAAGCAAGUGCAAUUAGUGAAACGGGAAGCCAGAAAUGUUCCACCAAAAGAUGAGGAUUCUAACUCGGAUAGCUCUGUUCCUGUUUCUGCUAAUUUUCAACAUAAAACCCAGCAAAGCAUGCAAACUGUACUCCAAGAGCAACCUGCGCACGAAGUCCGAUGGUAUGCAGUUCCUGCGGUUGAAAGAGGAUUUCCCGGUAGGUGGCGAAAUCGUUUCCCUGUACGCCUACCCGCGCAAUUCGAUCCUGAUCGCUCGAACGGAAAACUCUAGCGAUUCGGAGUACUUUCGGUUGAAGGAGGUCAACAGCACCGUGGUUAGUGUCAUCCUGAAUCGCAGCCUCGAUCAGCUGGUCGACAGUGACAGCCCCCAGAGUAUCCUGAAGUUCAGUGUGUUUUGCACUGGGACCGCGAUCAAGCAGGAUAACCAGUCGUCGUUUUUCACCAUCACUGUUUACAUAGAAGACAUCAACGAUAAUGAUCCCGAAUUUAUCAAUCUACCGUACGCGAUUACACUGGACGAAUCAACGCCAAUUGAGACGGUGGUGUUUAAUAGAAUUAAGGCAAUUGAUCGUGAUAAGCCAAACACGCCGAAUUCCGACAUCGAGUAUGCGAUCGCACCGAAGCAGCUCAAAAGCGGCGACUUCCCGUUUCGUCUGGAGAGCUCGCAGCGGCCGAAGCUGAUCCUGCAGCGGCCGCUCGACUUCGAUUCCGGUCUGCACUCGAUGAACGUGCUGGUGAUCGCCAACGAUCGUGGGAAUCCACCGCGUUCGGCCAAUGCCACGAUCAGGGUAACCAUCCGGGAUGUGGACGACCUGGGACCGAUCUUCACGCGAACCGUCUAUCGCACCCGAAUUCAGGAGUCAUUUCCUAUCACGGGUAAACCCGUGCAUGUGCCAGUUUACUUCGAUCCUCCCAUCGCUGCCUUCGAUCAGGACUCGUUGAAUGCUACCUUGAUCUACAGUAUCGUAAGCGGCAAUGAACGCAAACUGUUCUGGAUGUCACCGGAAACGGGAAUGAUUUUUCUUCAGAAGGAGAUCGAUUUGGAGACGGACACUCCCCCGGAAAAUACGAUUAGUCUGCAGAUAGAAGCCAGACAGGCAAACAAUCCUUCGAAAGCUGUUUUGGCUAGAGUCGAGCUGGAAAUCAUUGACCUCAACGACAACCUGCCGGAGUUUGAAGUCGAUCUGUACAACAUUUCCAUCAUCGAGAAUCUCCCGAAAGGUUUCAGCAUACUUCAGGUCAAUGCGAUCGAUCGUGAUCAAGGUGAGAAUGCUGAAUUCUACUACUAUCUAGCGAACGAAGAACCCAAGGGAGCUUUCGUGGUCGAUCACGUGUCCGGAUGGAUCGUUGUCAACGAUGAGACCUAUCUGGACAAGGAAACUCGCGGUUCGCUGCGAAUGACUGUGAAUGCCAUGGAACGGGUCGAACAGGUCGAUCGCAGUCGAAACUAUGGCACGGUUCAGGUGGAGAUCACACUGUUAGACACGAACGAUAACACGCCGGAGUUCGAGCAAGGAACGCUGCAUGAAUUCAAAACGAACUGUAGCGCAGGGAUUGGGACUAAGGUGGGCACGAUCAAGGCCAAGGAUCCGGACGAUUUGGGAAACGGUCGAGUCCAGUAUAACAUUAAGAAUGUGAGACCCAAUCUGAUCAUUCCGUUUAGGGUCGAUCCGGAUACGGGCGACAUCAUCGUGUCGGAUCCGUUGACCUACGGAAAGAUCGCAUUUUUUGUGGAAGCUCGUGAUCAACCGUUGAACCCAUCGGAGUCCCGAUUCAACGUCGCAUUGAUUACGAUAGACAUUGUGUGCCAAUCGAUCGAGGAAAUCGAGUUCAUCGGUGCUCCGUACGAGUUCUGGGUCGGAGCGGAUGCUGCCAUCGGAGCUUCAGUUGGACAAAUUAGAACCACCUUCGAUAUGAACGCAGACGAAGAGAUAUUCUUCGAUUUGUUGCACUCCUAUCCGGAGGGAGUACCUUUCGCGAUCGAGGAAAGAUCCGGUAUCGUUACCGUCAUCGAGGGCAUGGACAAGUUUGAUCGUCGCUGUUACGAAUUCGAAACGGUAGUUUCUUACCUUCCGAACGCGGAAGGCAAAAUAGUUGAUCAACUUACACCGGAAGCAUACAACAACUUGGAAAAGAUCAUCGUCACGAACGUCACCAUUCACGUGAUCAAGCACAACUUUAUGCUGCUACGAGGAACGAACUCGACUCCGAUCGAGUUCAAAAUCAAGGAAAACAAACCGAACGCGAUCAUUGGUCAGCUAAAGUUCCAAGACUUCCAGGAACAGUGCGAUGCAGAUGAGAAAGGUCUUCCACCGUUGAUUUCAGUUCGAGGCGAACGAAACCGCGGCGACCGACAGGUUUUCAAUUUAAACACCAAAAAUCGAACUCGUUAUGGGAGAAGAUUCAUUCGUGAAGCGAAUCCAGACUAUGUUCAGCUCUAUCCGCUAGUGACGUUCGAUGCCAUGUUCACCACCAACACAACUCGUAAAACUCGAAACUCCAGAUAUUCGCGAACACCGACCAGUGGCGUCCAGUAUUCGUUGGUCAACAGCUACGACGUUUCCGAUCAGAUUCGACUAACCAACGAUGGUAAGUUGAUGACCGUAAAGGGGCUUGAUCGCGAAAAGCAAGCAACCAUCAAGGUUACCAUCAUUGCCGAGUACUUCUACAAACAUCGUACCUUUGCUGGCAUUUACCAGGUCAUAAUCCUGGUCGAAGACGAAAACGACAACCCGCCGAAAUUCAACCAACCCUACUAUCUAGGGGUGAUCGCGGAAAACUCUCCGAUCGGAACGGAAAUCGUACUCAGCAAUCCGAUCAUCAUCACCGACCCGGACGUCGGGAUCAACUCCCAGUACGAGUUGAUCCUUUCCGGUGAAUCUAACUCAUUCGCGGUCCAAUUCUCGAACACUACGCUAUCGAACUACAACAAAACGGUGGCUCAUAUCUUCAAGAACCUGCAGAUUGCGAACGUCGACUCCAGCAACGAAAUGAUCAAUCGAAGAACAGAUUUUCAUGCGAAACCGAGUGAAACUGGCAACGGCUCUACGCCACACUACAACAUCUUAUUCAUGGGACCGAACAAACUGGACCGGGAAGAGAUUGACAGUUUAAGUCUGAAGAUGAUGGCCACCGACAACGACAGUCUAACUUCGGAAGUCGAGCUACGAAUUCUGAUUCUGGACGUGAAUGACAAUCCACCGAUCUUCGAGAAAGUGGCCAUCUUCCGUAAAAGUCGAUGCGAAAUGAUUGAGAACGGUAGCGAUCUGGAGCUGUUCUAUCUGGACGAAUUGGAACCGGAAGCUCUGCCGGAUUUUGUUGGUGGUACGGAGCGGGAGAUGGGUCGACUGAACUACGGAGUAGAAAGUUUGUUCGAAAUGGUCCAGUCGGCGCCGUACAUUGGCAUGCCCCGGCUUUUCGAUGGACACUUGAUGAUGGCAAAUCGAUCGGCGGGACUACGGCGAAAAACGUACAAACCUCGAGGUAGACUACGGACGGGAGUUCGCAACACUCGAGCGAUCGGAAAGAAACCGGUGCUGAAGUUUUCACUUCCGGAAAAUGUCGAGGUGGGAAAGGUGAUACUGAAACUGACGGCGAACGAUGAUGAUUUUGAUAAGAAUUCACGGGUUUACUACGAAAUCGUGAAUCAGGAGGAAGGUCCUUUCCGGAAUGGGAGUAGCUAUUUUAAGAUCGAUCGUAGCUCGGGAGAGGUGAGACCAGUUCUGCGACUACCUCCGGAAAGUGAUAUAAGGUUGAAUGUUUCGGCUAAGGAUGUCGGCGGAUUGGCGGAUGUUAUUGGGUUAGAGUUUAAGAUUUAUGAUGUUAAUGACAAUUCGCCGGUGUUCGAGAAGCAGUGGUACACUUUCAGGGUCGAGGAAGGAAACUAUCCGAUCACGGGGACGCGGAUCGGUCAGGUUCGGGCGACCGAUGAGGAUCUGGGGAUGAACGGGAACGUAACGUAUCUUCUGCUGGCAGAAGAUGACACUAAGAUACCCUUUUCUAUAUCGCCACUGGAUGGAACGAUUCGGGUUUCGGGUGAGAUCGAUCGCGAGACUGUAGCUUCGUACAACUUCCGGGUGUUGGCUUCGGAUAACAACGCUGAUUUGAAACUUUCGGCUAUGGUGGAUGUCGAGGUGAUUGUGCAGGACACCAACGACAACAGUCCGGAGUUUACGGCGUACGAUGAUCUGCAGUACGAUCGAAGUAGCAUCAAACGGCUGCCGCUUUAUAUAUCCUAUAUCAACGUCAACUCUAAACCGGGAACAUUCGUGAAGCAGGUCCAGGCAAGAGAUAAUGACUUUAAAGAGAACGGCAACGGACUGGUGAUCUUCUCGUUAACGGGUCAAAAUGAUCUACUGCACUUUAAUAUAGAUCCGAAGGAUGGAGUGAUCAUGACAGCUUCGCAGUUCAUUCCACCGGCAAGUCGACGAAACUAUCAGCAUGUUAACGUGACGGUGGUUGCUUCCGACUUCGGAACACCUCCACGAUCCAGUACGGCACUGUUGAUCGUAAAUUUGCAGGGUGAUCCUCACCGUUCGAGCGUAGUCGACGAAAAGAUCCCACUGUUUCCGUACAAGUACUACGAGCUGGAGCUUCGCGAGAACGACUUCGCUCCGAAGAUCGUGUUGAACGUCACCCUGAACAAGAAGUAUGCGAAUGACGCUUUCCGGUGGCAGAUUCUGAACGAAGAAUACGGCGAGAAAUUCCGAAUCGAUGAACGGAACGGGUCUCUGUGGAUGCUGAAGCCUUUGGAUCGGGAAGAACAGGAAAGCUAUGAGAUCAAGAUUAAGGUGGAGAAGUUGAAGAAUCGCGAAGUUCGGAACAUUCCCAGUGUUCUGUACGCUUUGGAAAAUCCGGUUAAAAAACGUACGCAAAAGCUUUCCGAUAAUGAAGUUGAGAUUUUGAUAAAAGUUAUGGACAUGAACGAUAAUGCGCCGAUCUUUCGGGAGAACGAUGGUCCGAUAAUUGCGGUUGUUCCUGAUCGAGCCAACUACGGCUAUCCGGUACUGAAAGUGGAGGCCUUCGACGCGGAUAUUGCCGGAAACGGGGAGAUUCGUUACUCGUUGUUGAAUGAACCGGCCCGGCUUUUCAGUAUCGACGCGAUGACCGGUCAGAUACGGCUACUGAGUUCACUGGCGACGUUUCAAGAUCGGGUUUUUGGAUUCGAUGUCAAGGCUACGGACAGGGUAGGUGCCGACGAUGGUAAGUCGACCAUUGCGAAUGUGUUCGUGUACGUGCUGAGCGCACGACAGGAGGUCUGUCUGAUACUGUCCGGGGCACCGGUCGAAAUCGAGAAGCAAAUGACAACGAUCAUGGCUAGCUUGAGUCUGGCAACCGGGUUCGAUGUUCGGAUUCGAGCACUGGAAAGCAACGACAAGGUGGAGGAUGCCACAAACUUAUACCUAUAUGCCAUAGAUCGGCGCUCCAACUCGUUGGUGGACAUGGCUGAUUUACAAAGAUCACUCGCUUCGCUGGAUAUGUCUAAUUUGAAGCCAAACUUGCCCAUCAUCGAACUGAUCGAUCUGUCGUCGAAUGUGCUCGAACCGCAUUCGUAUGAUGCGGGGAUGAAGGGAAUCGAACUGGCCACGGUCGUCGUCGCCGGUUUGAUAUUUGCCGGUGGAACCGCUACGGCCCUGUGCAUCGCGUGCGCUCGCUACCGUCGCCUGAUUCCCCUGCCGAACAUAAGCGGAGGUGGCGGAACCCAGGACGUCCGGGCGACGGGAAUGCGCAACACCGUUUCGACACUGGGUGUCAACAAUAAUAACAACAACGGAAACGGUAACAACAACAACAACACCGGCAGUAGCAUCGGUGGCAGCAUCAGUCGACCGAUUGCCCGUGUCGACAUACAACCGGUGAUCACCCGGGCAGAUCUGAAGAACUCGAUCUUUCAUCCGAACUUUCACCGCCAGUUUGUGACCAAUAUUAGUACCGAAUCGGCGGCCACGGUGCCACCGGUCAAUGACGAAAACAAUAGUGAUAGCUACGAGGACUCGCUGAAGGAUUCGUUGACGUCCAAUACGAGCCUAUGACGAGACGGGAACGCUCCCCCGCCCUGCAGCAGGGGGAGCCACCAUCGGUGCCACCCCCGCCACAGCCAGUUGUACAGAAUAGCCGAUAGGAGGAACCAAAAAUUUUGAAAAAAAAACAAAACACCGUUCAUGAAAGCCAAUUUUCGAUUUAAAACAAAAAGAGAAAAAGUAUUAUCUGUUAUCUAAUGUGUAAGAGAACUAUUGCGGUUGUGUGAGUGCGAGAUUAUGAGCGAGAGAUUAGUGAUUGAGUGCUUUCGAAGUGCAAUCGACGAAACCGGUGACAAAGAAAAACUGUAAAUA